UCCCUUGUGUUAAUCCUUUAGGAAGGAGUCGCCGGGCAGACAGAGCGUUCCUGGAGGGGCGAUGCUGCCGAGCCCUGCCCCGGGCAGAAGGAAGCAGCCGGGAGAUGCGCGGCCCGGGGCGGGCAGCGGGAGAGUGUGAGGAGCUGCCUCCGCCUGCGCCUUUCCGAGAGGGAAACAGCAUGGUGAGAGCUGGACCCGAUCCCUGGAGCGCGGCCCCGCUGAGCAGGAGGUGGGAUUAUUCCGGAGUAGUUAUGGAGAGCUAUAACUUGGCAGCGGAGUGUUAAAGCGACUCGUUCCUGCUGGGAGAGGAACCCACUGCGGGCAUCGCCGGCGUGGUGGCCGAGGGAAGGUCACUCGGGUCCUUCUCCUCCUCCUCUCGCCUCUUUCUCCAUCCGGCAAACGACCGAGGGAAAAACUGCUAAUCGGCUCUUGCCAGCGUUGGGAAUACCGUGCCUUUUGCUGGGAUGAUUUGCCCUGAUGUGCCGCCUCAGCGGGAUGUACAAAGCGCGACUGGGACUGAUCCGGCCAACAAAGUUUGCAGAGUGAUCGGCAGGGGCCGUGGGAUGGAGGGAGCCGGGCACGCACCAGCAGGGUCCGUCACGCACGGUCCGAUGGCACAGACCUGCUGCUCCCCUGAAAAAUAACUCCUGGUGGUCCAACUCUUACUUCUCCCCUGCCAGUUUGCACUUUCAGGGAAAAAAACCCCACAUGCACGAUGCAAUGCAGUGUUCCUGUGUUGGUUUUGUAUAUAAGAUUUGCUAUGCAAUUCCAAAACUAAAAGAGGAGGAGAGACGGCCCUGCAUCCCAGAGCAAACAGGGAAUCAGAGGUGAAAGGAGAAACUAUGACUUGGAACGACACCACUAUGGACGGGGAAGGGCUGCUGGUGGAAAGGGACUCCUCUUCCUUUCGGAUCCUCACGGGCUGCUUCCUCUCGCUGCUGAUCCUCUCCACGCUGCUGGGGAACACGCUGGUCUGCGCAGCUGUCAUUCGCUUUCGCCACCUCAGGUCCAAGGUCACCAACUUCUUUGUCAUCUCCUUGGCCGUGUCCGAUCUCUUAGUGGCAGUUUUGGUCAUGCCUUGGAAAGCUGUGGCCGAGAUCGCCGGUUUCUGGCCUUUUGGUUCAUUUUGCAACAUCUGGGUGGCCUUUGAUAUUAUGUGCUCAACAGCCUCCAUCUUAAACCUCUGUGUCAUUAGUGUGGACAGAUACUGGGCCAUCUCCAGCCCGUUUAGGUACGAGAGGAAGAUGACCCCCAAGGCAGCCUUCAUCAUGAUCAGCGUGGCGUGGACUUUGUCCGUGCUGAUCUCCUUCAUCCCAGUGCAGCUCAACUGGCACAAGGCUACGACCACGAGCUUUUUGGACUUCAAUGCCAGCUUAGAAGGUGUAACCAUGGACAACUGUGAUUCUAGCCUAAACAGGAUGUAUGCCAUCUCCUCUUCUCUAAUUAGCUUCUACAUCCCCGUGGCCAUCAUGAUAGUCACCUACACCAGGAUAUACCGGAUUGCUCAGAAGCAAAUCCGGCGCAUCUCGGCUCUGGAGAGAGCAGCAGUGCAUGCCAAGAACUGCCACAACCCGGGUGGCAACAGGAGCAGCAUGGACUGCCAGCAGCCAGAGAGCAACUUCAAAAUGUCCUUCAAGAGGGAAACCAAGGUGUUAAAGACCCUCUCAGUGAUCAUGGGGGUGUUUGUGUGCUGCUGGUUGCCAUUUUUUGUGUUGAACUGCAUGAUUCCCUUCUGCGAGCCCACCCAGCCCUCCAAGGGGGCAGAGGCUUUCUGCAUUAAUUCCACCACCUUUGAUGUUUUUAUAUGGUUUGGAUGGGCCAAUUCUUCCCUGAACCCCAUCAUCUAUGCCUUCAACGCCGAUUUCCGCAAGGCAUUCUCCACCUUGCUGGGCUGCUACAGGCUCUGCCCCCUGGCUGGCAACGCCAUCGAGACCGUCAGCAUCAACAACAACGGGGCCGUGGUCUUCUCCAGCCAGCACGAGCCCAAAGGCUCCAGCCCCAAAGAGUCCAACCUGGUUUAUCUGAUCCCACACUCCAUUAUCUGCCCGGAAGAAGAACCUCUCAAAAAGGAAGACGAGGAGGGUGAACUGUCAAAGACCUUGGAGAAAAUGUCUCCAGCACUGUCGGGUAUCUUGGAUUACGAAGCUGAUGUUUCUUUGGAAAAGAUCAAUCCCAUUACACAGAAUGGGCAGCAUAAAACCUGAACAGUAAGGUUUACUCAGCAAGACCUAAUGGUGUAUAUUGUAAUAAUCUUUUUUUGGGAAAAAAAAAGAUAUAUGAGAUUUUUUUGGUAAGAACCUAAGCUCUAAGGGAGAAAAAGGCACAUUUACACCAAGCCCAGAAUUAAUUUUCCUGGCAUUCAGAGCAAAUUUAACAUUUCAAACAAUAAACAGAAAAAAAUACUGGAAAUUGGUUAUAAAAAAGGAUGUUAAACUGUACUGUUCACCCUGAGGAAAAUCUACAAAUCUACAAAUUUAGAUACAGUGCAGUUACAAAGAAAAUGUUGCUUCUUCUCUGUACAGAGGAACCAAUUUCUAGGUAAAAGUGAGGCAAAAGAUAAAUGUUGAGUAUUUAAAGAUUAAUGUUUACUAGAAGUUAAAAGAUUGCUUUGUCUUGUGAUAGUGGGUGUUAACAGGUCCUAAUUAAUGACUGAGGGAUUGUAAAGGUAGGUUGAUGCCUUCUUAAAAUUAUUUCUGACAAAUAAUUGAGCCUUAUAACGAGAAUGGUUAUUUUUAAAGCUUUGGGAGGUAAUAUGUUGAUACUGGUUUUAUUUAUUUAUUGUUUUAAAUUGAUAUUUUUCAUAUGUUACAACAGAUCUAGCUUUAUUUAUGUUAUUUAAGAUGUUUAAAUAAUGGGAUAUUUUUGGAGUGUCAUAACUGCAUUUUGACCAGUCAACCAGUCAGCACUUUAUUACAAGCUCUGAUAGUCUGGAGAGCUGGUGAGGGGAAUGGAGCAGUGUUAAGGAGCUCAGCAAGAAAUGAAGGAAUCAACAGAACUGAUGCUGUGUGGAGUUGGUUUGCUUGUGGGCUUUUUUUAUUUUUAAGUGGGAUUUCUUUCAAAAGAUAGGACCAGAGUUGACUGAGUUGCGAAUUUUCUUCCCUUAUAGAAAUAAAAGAAAUUGCUGCUAUUUAUUUUUAAAAAGUUUCAUGUUACAGAGACUUUGCUAGAAUGUCAAGUUUGUGGAUCUGUAAAUACCUUAAAUAUGACUACAACCUUAAGAAGAAUCCAAUUUGGGAAGGAAAGCUUCUUAGAUAACAAUUCUUAGUAUAUAGUGUUUUGUAUUUAUGUAAGAUAAACAGCUUUCUCAGACUUUUCUUAUUUCAAGUCUUGGGUAUCUUUUCUGAACAAACACACUGGGUUACAAUGGCAGCUGGGAGGACAUCACAGUUUAGAGAUUGCCAUGUCAAUACUCCAAUCUAGAAAGGAAUUGUGGCCUCAUUACCAUUUGGGAUUAAAACAUUUCUAAAUCCGGCUGGAACUGCAGCCUCCAUCUCGAAACCCUCCUGCGAACUCCAAAAAAGUUGCCAAUGUUUAAUUAAAAAAUCCUGCUACUUUGCCACCGUCCUUCCCUGCUGCUUUCCCUCUGUAAUGCCAAAAGCAAUCAGUGAGCAUUAGCAACAGGAACAUUGGGUGUUAAUAUUCAGCAGCAUUCAAAGGAAUCCAUUUCUUUUCUAAAUGGGAGAAAAUACCCUUUGGAGCAACUUUUUCGUAACAUAUAUCAAAAGAAAUGUGUUGUCAGGAAAAGAGAACUGAGAGGAAAAAAAAAUUUAAAGUCUAACAAACUAUAUACAUCCUGCAUCAGGUCUGUGUAUUUAUGUAUUGUGAAUGUUUUCAUAAUUUUAUUGCCUGUAUGCUGCUUUCAUACAUAUAAUAAAAUUAUUUUGUGAACAGAAGGUCAAAUAAAGCAAUCUACAUUGCAUUUAUUAAAUACA